AUGCCUCGAAAGUCGGCUUCAGAGACUUUCCAGGACGCGAAAAGCAAUGUCCAGGCCAAAGCAACCUCGAUCAAGGCGUGGGAGCUCCCUAAGCUACCGACAACAUUCGCACCAGAAGGUACAUGGACGAAUAUCGACAACGAUGUAACACCGGUUGAACGUCGGAUCUGGGGUCACUGGGCACUACUCGGCUACUGGAUGAGUGAUAUCUUGUCUGCACAAUCAUGGGAAGGUGCCUCGACGGUUAUAUCAGGAGGUUUGACCUACAGGGAAGCCUUGAUAUGUCUCAUCAUGGGAACGUUCAUUAUUGCAAUCCCAAUCUCUUUCAACGGGUCCAUCGGUGCCAAAUUACGUGUACCAUAUCCUGUUGCCGCUCGCUCAAGCUUUGGUUAUUCUUUUUCACGGGUGCCAGUCGUGAUCCGGAUGAUAACUGCUCUGUUUUGGCAUGCGAUUCAGACAUAUGCCGGAUCAACUGCAAUGACACAAGUCAUUCGAGCGAUUUGGCCUUCUUACUUGAAUAUUCCAAAUCACCUUCCCGAAAGCGCGGGUAUCACAAAUCAGCAACUCCUUUCACACUUCAUUUUCUGGACAGUUCAGUUGCCUUUCCUUUUGACACCACCUCACAAACUACGUUGGUUCUUCCUUUUCAAGGGCAUCUUUGUCACCGCAGCCGCUGUCGGUACGGUUAUUGGCAUGUGCAAGUUGGCUGGUGGCAGUGGUGACAUCUGGAAUCAGCAGCCACAGUACACGGGAUCGACUCGCUCGUGGAUGAUCUUAUCUUAUAUGACUUCUCUGAGUGGAGGAUGGGCUACCAUGGCCACUAACAUCCCGGAUUAUACCCGUUACCUAAAGAAGCCGCGUGGGAUCUGGCUUCAAGCUCUACUUGUCCCGGUGUUGUGUACUUUUAUCGGUGUACUAGGUAUCGUUUCAACAAGUGCAAGCAAAGUUCUGUAUGGAACAUACAUCUGGGAUCCAUUGGUGCUUGUCAGCCACUGGGACGGUCCGGGUGGUCGUGCGGCAGCAUUUUUCGUCGGUCUAGCCUGGGUUGUAGCCCAAAUUGGUGUCAACGUAUCGGCAAAUGUCAUCUCGUUUGCCAACAACUUGACAUCUCUAUGCCCGCGCUAUAUAAAUAUUCGACGCGGAGCGGUAGUUGCCACUAUCAUUGGCGGCUGGGUCAUGGUUCCAUGGAAGAUCGUCCAUUCAGCAGAGAGUCUCAUCAACUUCAUGGGUGCCUUGUCAAUCUUCUUAUCGCCAAUCGCUGCCAUAUUAAUUGCCGAUUUCUGGGUCAUCAAGCGUCAAGCUAUUGAUAUUCCUGCCCUAUACCGUCCGCAUUCGCGCUAUCACUACGUCAGGGGUUGCAAUUGGCGCGCAGCAGCAGCAGUCCUGGUUUCACUAGGUCCCAACUUGCCGGGACUCAUCAAUGCAGUGAACCCUAGCGUUGGCAUUGGCGGUGCGGAAAAGAUCUAUGAUUUUAAUUAUUUAUGGGGCUUUUUUAGUGCUUUUGUGGUAUAUAUAGUAUCUAGUUAUGUGUUCCCAGCCGCCGAGACACUUAUUCCUGCCACAAUUCAUGACGAUGAUGCAAAUGUCUUUGUUGGGCAGCCUGUCUCGGAGAAGGAGAUUGUUACUCAGGUGUUGCCGGAGAAGCAAGUCUAG